GAUGGACACUAGAUAAUCAGAACACUCUAGAGGCAAGUCUUAGACUUAAAUCAAAAUGCGUAACCCAUUCGAACUACUUAUAAGUAAUAUUACUUUCAUUAUAUAGAAAUAAUCAGAUUACCAAAUGUUUGCAAUAAAUGUGGACAUAUUACUAGAAUGAAAGAAAUAUCAGAUAUUCUCGAAUAAUUUGACACCAUGACAUCUUAAUAAAUUGAUACAAUUAAUGAAAAACUAAUUCAAAAAUCGAACUAAAUUUUAGCAGCCCGACAAUAAUUAGUUAAAGAUGCAAAAAAUGAGCUCUAAUAAUCAUUGCAAUAAUUGAUUUAAGUGAGAUAGAGUAUGGGUUCAUCUUUUAAUUUUGAAGACAGAGAAAAGUGUUUAGAGCGAGUUUGUGAAGUAACAUAUAAUUUAAUCAUUUAUAUAGGAUAUAUUCUGUAAUGUUUAAGAAUAGAUUGAAAUAUAGAAUUCUUUAUCUGAACUUAAUGCAAUAAUUUAAGAAUAAUAUUAAAAAUUUCAUUAAUUUCCUAAUGAAAUCACUGAAAUGAAUAAAUUAGAAUAUCAUGAUAAUCUUGAAAUCAGAGAGAGAUUAGAAGGAGCUUUAAGAAUUAAUUAAAGUCAUAAAGAUAUUUUAAAGGAGAUAUUGAUUAAAAUAGGAGAAGAAAAUAAGAGCUACACUUUUGAUAUCUAAUUACAAUUUAGAUAAUAAUAAUUAGAAAUGUUAAAUCUAUUAUAAUGCAAUUAAGAAUAAAUUAAAGAUAUAGAAAGAUUAGAAGAUGAAUUGAAUGAUAAAAAAUUAGAAUUAUAAAAAUAUGCUAUAUUAUUUAGUUAAUUUGAGAAGUAAAUAUAAAUAAUAAAUAUUAUAGUCCUUUUAAAUCAAAUAAGAUUAGUUCUGAAGAAAGUAGUGCUAGUAAUUUCUAAUCAAUUUAAAAGGAAAUCAUAUAAUAACCCUCAUCAAUUCAAUAAAGUCGAAAUGUAUUUUAAGAUAUUAAGAAUAUUUAAUCAAAAAGAUUCUCUUAACCUUCUAUAAAUGAAAAUAAUAAUAUGUGCACUUUUUAAUCAGAAUAAUUCUAUUCUAUUGAUUAAUCUCAUGGUAAUUUACAUCCAGAAUCAUCAUAAAAAUCAUCAUAAAAUAAUAGCAAACAAAUUGAAAAUUCAGUUGUGAUUAAUUAAAGAUAUGGAAAUAGUAUAUCCAAUAAAUUUAAUAAUUCAAAAGCAACUAGUCUAAUUUCAUAAAUUAAUUCUUAAUAAAAUAAUAAUAUCCCUCUUUAAAUAGUUCCUAAUUCAACUAAAAAAAUUAGAAAUUCAGUUGACACUAAUCCUAUGAUGUCACAAGAUAGUUUUGAAAAUUUAAAUGAAAAUGAUGAAAAUUCCCCAAAAAUCACUCCAACAAGCAAAACCUUACUCUCCAAAGUUCCACCCCUUCCUAUAGGCAGAUAGUUAGAGCUUGAUUGA